AUGCAGCCGCAACCCAAACAUCCCAAGAAGCACAGGCGAGAAGUGCGACUUCGCUGCGACAGCAUUUGCCUCAAUACUGCCGUGAGCGCAUGCUGCAAGGCUGACAGGUGGGCCUGGGCAUUGCAGCUGUUCAGCGGCAUGCUGGAGUCUCAGAGACGUGGUGGCCUUGCCGCCAGCGCCGCACUAGCGGCUGCAGCCCGUCGAAGGGCAUGGAGGGCAGGUCUGGCGUUGCUGGUUGAGCUGCGACGCCAGGGUCGCGGGUCUGCAGGGUGUGCAGAUUCAGUAGCGUACACUGCCAUGCUGCUGGCCUGCAUCAAGUCCUCCAAAUUCAGAGCCGUGGCGAGACUGCUGAAAGACAUGAAGGCUUUGCGCUUGGAGAUUGGACGAGCCGCGCAGAACGUCGCGUUGGCCCUGCAGGAGGCGCGUGGGUCGUGGUCCUCGGCACUUCGCCUGCUGCACGGGAUGCGAAGGAACACCGUCCAAACCGAUCUUGCUGCAGCUGUCGCCGUUGUUGGAAGCUGCGGGAAGAGUGCCGUGUGGCAAGCUGCAGUGGACGUUGUAUCCACAUUGUCACGAGAGCAGCUGGCACCUGAUGUGGCCGUUUGCGAGUGCCUGGUAGCUGCAGAUGAGAAAGCUCCUGGAGUGCCUUUGGUGUUGCUCCAGACGCUGGAGCUGGCAACCGAG